CUAUAUAAGUAGUAUAUCCACUACUCUUUCCUUUCACAAUAACACUAUACAACACAAAUAUCAACAACAAUAACAUGGAGUCAGUUCAGUCCUGGGUUUCAGAGCACAAGCUCACUACAGUUGGGGGGCUAUGGGCCUCAGGAAUAGGAGCAUCACUGAUUGCUUAUUCAAGAGCAAAGUCUCCAAUGAAACCAAGUCUUAGGCUUAUACAUGCCAG